AGCAACAUCACGUGCAUACUCUCUUUCUGCUUUAAUGAUAGAUUUUUCUUUUCCUUUAUUAAGUCCAAGUGGAUAUGUCUUACCUGUCACUUUCCUUUCCUCAGCUCACUUCCAGAGGCACAAACAAGUUGAGGUUAUCAAGACAAGAUGCCUAGAAUAUGCAGAAUCCAAACUACCACAAGAGGAGGUUGAUGCUCUUAAGGAAAUCACUAGCACGAUGGGUGCCACCUAUUGGGAGUUUGAUAGUGAUUCUUGUCAUAUUAAAAUGCUGGGAUUAACACCAGAGCCACAUAAAGGAAAUCCAAGCAGCAUUGAUUGUGAUUGCAAUUUUGAAAAUAACACCUGUCAUGUAGUAAGGAUUAUCUUCAAGUGGUACAAUCUUCCUGGCAUGCUUCCACCUCAAUUGGUUAAGCUUCCUUACCUCAGAGUGAUUGAUUUUGCUUCCAACUACCUAAGUGGUACGAUCCCAAAGGAAUGGGGUUCAAUAAAAUUAACUUUCAUCUCUCUAUUUGUUAAUCGUUUAUCAGGGGAAAUUCCUAUGGAGUUGUCAAAUAUUACCACUCUAACAUAUCUGAACCUUGAAGCCAACCGUUUUUCUGGUGUUGUUCCCCCUGAACUUGGAAGUCUAUUUAAUCUGCAGACUUUGAUUUUAUCAUCCAAUAAAUUGUCUGGGAAGUUACCAGUGACAUUUGCUAGGUUGCAGAAUUUGACAGAUUUGAGGAUAAGUGAUAACAGUUUCAACGGGAAAAUACCUAGCUUCAUACAGAAUUGGAAAUUGCUUCAAAGACUAGAAAUGCAUGCAAGUGGACUGGAGGGACCUAUCCCAUCAAGUAUAUCUCUUUUGAGAAAUUUAAGUCGGUUGAGGAUCAGUGAUAUCAAUGGUCCAAGUCAGGAUUUUCCUAAUUUAAGCAACAUGACAGGAAUGACGAUAUUGGCUUUGAGAAAUUGUCAUAUUACUGGAGAGCUUCCUGGCUACUUUUGGAAUAUGGAGAGUUUGAAUAUGUUGGACUUUAGUUUCAAUAAGCUGGUUGGUAAAAUACCAGACACUCCACAUGCAGGGCAUCUGAGAUUUCUCUUCCUAACUGGCAACAUGCUAAGUGGCAAUAUACCCGACUCAGUCUUGCUGGAUGGAAGCAGUGUCGACCUUUCUUACAACAAUUUUACAUGGCAAGGACCAGAUGAAUCUGCUUGUAGAGAUAACCUAAAUUUAAACUUAAACUUGUUCCGGAGCUUCUUAGGGACCAAAUUAGGGGGGAUUCUUCCAUGUUCAAAUAUCUCCAGUUGUCCUGCAUAUUCACAUUGUCUUCAUGUUAAUUGUGGUGGAAAGGAUUUAAAGGUGAUGGAAAAUGAUGAAAAUAUUCAUUAUGUAGGAGAUGGAAAUGUGUUAGGCAGUGGUGCCGCUAAAUAUUUUAUUGAUUAUGAAAAUCACUGGGGAUUUAGCAGCACUGGGGACUUCAUGGAUGAUGGUGAUUACCUAAAUUCACGUUACAUUAGGUCUUUGCCAUCGUCAAAUUUGCCUGAAUUAUAUAAAACAGGCCGUGUUACUCCAAUUUCGCUUACUUAUUUUCACUAUUGCUUGGAAAAUGGGAAAUAUACUGUAAAACUCCACUUUGCAGAAAUACAAUUUACAAACGAUAACACAUAUAGAAGCCUUGGGAAGCGCUUAUUUGAUAUUUAUGUUCAGGAAAGAUUAGUUAGGAAGGAUUUUAAUAUUGAAGGUGAAACACAUGCUGCUCAAAAACCAUAUAUAUUGUCCAUCUAUAAUGUCACUAUAACAGACAAUAUUCUGGAGAUUCGAUUAUACUGGGCUGGCAAAGGAACUACAAGGAUUCCUGUUAGUGGAGUUUAUGGUCCCCUCAUAUCAGCUUUCUCUAUUGUUUCUGAUUCUAAACCUUGUUCAGACAAAAACAAUGUAAGGCGAAAGAUAAUCGUUGGAGUUGGAUUUAGUGUUACAGCCUUAUGCCUAGUCUCUAUCAUAGUUGGAAUCUUUUGGUGGAAGGGAUACUUCGAGGGAAUGAUUAGGAAAAUAAAAGAUACUGAAAGACAAGAUUCUCAGAAGGGAACAUUUACGUUAAAACAAAUUAGAGAUGCCACGGAUGAUUUCAAUCCCGCUAACAUGAUUGGAGAAGGUGGUUUUGGUCCUGUCUACAAGGGUCAAUUAUCUGAUGGUACAUUGAUAGCUGUCAAACAACUCUCAUCAAGGUCCCAGCAGGGAAACCGAGAAUUUUUGAAUGAGAUAGGCAUGAUAUCUUGUAUGCAACACCCUAAUCUUGUGAAACUUCAUGGAUGUUGCAUGGAAGGGGAUCAAUUGAUAUUGGUGUAUGAGUACAUGGAAAAUAAUAGUCUGGCUCGUGCUUUAUUCAGCUCAAAAACUCAACUUAAACUUGAUUGGGCCACAAGGCUUAGGAUCUGUAUUGGCAUAGCAAAAGGUCUUGCAUUUCUUCAUGAAGAAUCCAGACUCAAGAUUGUUCAUCGAGACAUCAAAGCUACUAAUGUCUUACUGGAUGGGAAUUUAAACCCUAAAAUAUCUGACUUUGGGUUGGCUAGGCUUGAUGAAGAGGAGAAGACCCAUGUCAUCACCCGAGUAGCUGGGACAAUAGGGUAUAUGGCCCCAGAAUAUGCAUUAUGGGGUUACCUGUCUCACAAGGCUGACGUUUAUAGUUAUGGAGUUGUGGUCUUGGAAGUUGUUAGUGGGAAGAACAACAACAAUCAGAUGCCAAAUGAUAACUAUGUUUGCCUUUUAGACAAGGCAUGUCAUCUUCAGCGUACAGAAAACUUGAUAGAGCUGGUUGAUGAAAGGUUGAGAUCAGAGGCAAACCCAAGUGAAGCAAUAAAUUUGAUGAAAGUAGCUCUCUUGUGCACUGAUGUAUCGCCUUCAGUUAGGCCUACAAUGUCUGAGGUUGUAAACAUGCUUGUAGGAAGAUUGAGCAUUCCAGAUGCUGUCCCACAACCCAGUGAUUUUAGAGAAGAUAUAAGGUUUAAAGCCAUGAGAGACAUACAUCAACAAAGGGAAAAUCACAGUUUGAGUACAAGCCGAACAGACAAUUCAAAUGGAGUCAUUACACUUGGCUCUCCCUAAACAUUUGGCAAUGACUUGGUGUUGGUUCGUCAUUUCAUUGUUGCUGGCCAUAUUACAACAACGUGAGAUAUACUUGGAGCAUAGCUGAGGUUUAAUCUUUUAGGAAAACCAACCGUAAUGAUCACUAUUUUAGGAAAUAGCAAUUUUCUGCCUUUGACAAUAUAUUCGCAUCUAGACCCCUGUAAAUUUCUAACUGCUCUUGAAGUGUUUUUUUUUUUUUUUUUGUUUAUUUCUUUUGAUAAAUUAUUAUAUGGUUCAGGAUCAGAUGGUCUUGGUCAAUCUCGACAUGAUGUAUAAUCAUAUUUUUCAAUUUACAAAAAAGAAUUAAUAAUUUAUCACAUAGAAGUUGGUCAAGACUACGGUCCAAAAUCAUGUAAUAAUUUCUCAUUUACGAGAGACUGAGUGACUCACUCACUAUAUAAAAGCUUUUGGUGAAACAAUGUACAUAUCACCCCCUUGAACUUCGGGGUUAAUGUAAAUGUGGUGUGAAUAAAAAUGAGUUAUUCCAUAUU